AUGUUGGCCGGUACGUUCCAAGGGGGAUCUCCAUCUGUAUGCAGAACUUCUGUGACUUACCUACUUGCACACAGACUCAAUAAAAGCAACCGACUGAAUUUUUCAUUUUUUCCCGGUUUCCUAGAUUCCAAAAUCACUUCUCCAAAUGUUUUCUCGAUAUCUCGAUAUGAAGACUACUUUUGUUGCAAUCACACUGAUGUUCCUCCUCACAGGCGAAAAGUCAUCAUUUUUAAGACGGGAUUUACAGCAUUUCACUUUUUAUUUCAUCUUCAAGACUCAGAUUAUUUAAAAACUUUUGCUUUAAAUGGACAAUUGAAUCUGCAACACUCAGAGUACAUUCAUUUGAUAUCAAUGAAUUUUAAAUGCCUUUUCCCGCCCUUUUGCAUGAUAAUUUGUCAUAGGACUUUCACUACUACUCUUGCCUGCUACCUAAGGAUAAUAGAUAUCACCUUUCGUUCCCAUGGACAAGUAAAAAUCAGUAGUGAAUUUACAAGAUCUGCUAAAUUUGUGCUUAUUUAA